AUGUCGGUGCGCAGGUCCCCGCUCUUCCUGUGCGCCCUGGCGCUGGCCGUGGCGCUGGCCCCGGGGGAGGUGGUGGAGAAAGGGGCCGGCGGCGGGCAGCCCCCUCCGGGGCCCGAGGCGGAGGAGCCGGGCUGCCCCGUCUGCCUGUGGCGGAAGCACAGCAAGGAGAUGCGGCUGGAGAGCAUCAAGUCGCAGAUCCUGAGCAAGCUGCGACUCAAGGAGGCGCCCAACAUCACCCGGGAGGUGGUGAACCAGCUGCUGCCCAAGGCGCCCCCGCUGCAGCAGAUCCUGGACCUGCACGACUUCCAGGGCGACGCGCUCCCGCAGGACGAGUACCUGGAGGAGGACGAGUACCACGCCACCACCGAGACUGUCAUCAGCAUGGCCCAGCGCACGGACCCGGUGGUGCAGAUAGAGGGGAACCCCCACUGCUGCUACUUCAACUUCAGCCCCAAGAUCAUGUUCACCAAGGUGGUGAAGGCCCAGCUGUGGGUGUACCUGCGGCCCGUGCAGCACACCUCCACCGUCUACUUGCAGAUCCUGCGCCUCAAACCCGUCAGCGAGGAGGGCAGCCGCCACAUCCGCAUCCGCUCCCUCAAGAUCGACCUCCACUCCCGCCUCGGCCACUGGCAGAGCAUCGACUUCAAGCACGUGCUGCAGAACUGGUUCAAGCAGCCGCAGAACAACUGGGGCAUCGAGAUCAACGCCUUCGACCCCAACGGCAACGACCUGGCCGUCACCUCCCUUGGCCCCGGAGCAGAAGGGCUGCAUCCCUUCAUGGAGCUCCGUGUGCUGGAGAACAACAAGCGCUCGCGGCGCAACCUGGGGCUGGACUGCGACGAGCACUCCACCGAGUCCCGCUGCUGCCGCUACCCGCUGACUGUUGACUUUGAGGCCUUCGGCUGGGACUGGAUUAUUGCCCCUAAGCGGUACAAAGCCAACUACUGCUCGGGCCAGUGCGAGUACAUGUUCAUGCAGAAGUACCCGCACACCCACCUGGUGCAACAGGCCAACCCCCGGGGCUCAGCUGGGCCCUGCUGCACCCCCACCAAGAUGUCCCCCAUCAACAUGCUUUACUUCAAUGACAAACAGCAGAUUAUCUAUGGGAAGAUCCCGGGCAUGGUGGUCGACAGAUGCGGCUGCUCUUAAAACCCAGCCGGAGCUCCCCCAGCCCCGCUCCUGUGCUCCUGGCCAACGAGCAAGUGUCAUCUUUGCUUCCCCCCUUUUUUAUAGAUAUAAAAAGAACGAACAUUAAAAUGCUUUUGUGAAUGUCGGGGGAGGGGGGAGAGACAGAACCCCCCAAGAAAAACAAACCAAACCCAAACUCUCCCGCGCUUCGCCAUGCACUGUGCAAUAAGCAAACGUCCCCACACGGGGGGGGGGCAGCUGGGGUACCGCUUUCCUCCCAAGGCAAGUCUGCAAAGGCAUUAUUCCCCGCCCCCUCACCCCACCCGGCCAUCGGCAGCAGCAAGCAGCUGCGGCUCAGAGAGGUGUCUCUUACCGGGGUUUGGUUCUCGGAGGACUAGCCGGUCCCUGGGCGGCCUGGGAGCGAAAUGGUUAAUGCCGAGAUGGCAGGACAGCAACUCUUCAACCGUUUACAAGCAGUGGAAGCUUUCUAUGUGUUUAAGUUAAAAACAAAAAAUCAGAACAAUUGUAUGGAGUUGGAGCGCCCACAGAAACACACAGGAUAUUUUGUACGGAACGAGAGAAGAACCGAAGAACAAAGCGGCCUGGUAAAAAGGAAAGAUACCUUGGAUCACUGGCCUUUUCUUCCAGUGGUUUUGUUUCGGGGGGGACGGGAGAGGAGAUUUCAGCUGCCUGCCCUUUGAGAGAGAGAAUUCCCCUGGCAGGGCUCCUGGCUGCAGCCAGCGUGUGCUGCGGAGAGCUAGGAGGGGACAUGGAGGGCUGGGGCUGCAUUGCUGAUGUUGGAAAGUCUGAUCCUGCUGGCCCAGCACAAGUUAAACUGUCUGAUCUGAUUGCACCGCCUGGCCCAGAGCAGGUGCCAUGAGCCCAGAUUAUGGUCAGGCUCCCUGAUCUCAUCGUUCCUUGUCAAUCUGCUCCAGAGCAAACUCACCCCAAUCUCAUCACCCCUUGUGCACCCCAAUGCCCUCAUCCCCUCACCCCUCAAUACCCCAACCCCUGACACCCCUCUGCAUCCCAAGCCCCUUGUGCACCCUGAAUGCGCCCAUCCUGGCAUCCCAGCAGCUCUUGAACUCCCCACCACCCCAUCUCAGCCCGAAUCUUUCCAUCCUGGCACCCCAGCACACCCAUCUCACCAUCCCCUGUGCACCCCAAACUCCCUGAUCCCAUUGUACUGCUAGAGACGAGCUGGUAGGGACGACAGUCUCCAGCUCCUGUCCGGGCCAAGCUUUGAUCCUAAUAUGGCGGGGGGUGGGAGUUCUUGGCUGCGAGAGGACUGCAGGAGCAGGUGAAGGAGUCCAGCAAGCCCCCGCAGCCCCACUCCCACAGGGUGCCGUGCAUGCCACUAGUGCUAGAACGCUGGCCGCACGGGCCCGGCCUGGAAGGAGACAGCUUCCCGCAGUAACUUAUUUAUUUAUUAAUUAUUCUGCUUGUGAGAAUUCACAGUUCGCCUGGCUACUGCACUAGAAAAGCAUGUGGCCUCCCAGCUCACCUAGACAGAGCCGUGUGAAUGGCUGUGGUUUUUAAUGCACUUACAUAAACCCUUUUCUUGCUGUCUUCGGAAUCACCAAAUAACCCCCUGCCCCAUGCUAGGUCUGAGAUUCUGGCCUAAACCCCACAGCCCACCAGGGAUAGCCUGCCAGGGUUAACAACAGACUGAGAGCCCACUAGCACACGCAGAGGAAAGCCAGAUGAUCUGUCCCAAGCAGCUGUGUGAGGGAUGGGGAAUCCUGGCUCCUGGAGGCUCCACUUGCAUUCCCGGCCAGGUGGAGGCCAGAACAGGAGCAGUCUCUGCCUGCGGAAGUCUCUUGAACGGCAGUUGUGGAGGCACCGUUCCCUAGGCUGUGUACACAAAGCAUUAGGAACAGACUGGAGGGAAUAAUCCAGCCCUGGACGUAUGGGCUGUUUGGAUGGACUAGGCAGGAUCUCUCAGGUCUUUUCCAUCACUGAGAUCUGUGAAGAGAGUCACAGGGAUGAACAUGGUUUGAUGUGCUUCCAUGAUGAACCCUAACGGGCCAUGGAGCUUUGUCCCAAUGCCCUGGCGAGAGGUUUGCUGGGUUCGGCCCGGGCCCCAGUCUUUGUGGUGGUCUCGGUCUCCAGACGCCAUGGGAGCCAGGCAGGCAGCAGUGCGCAGCGUAGGAGGCUCAGUGCUCUGGAUGUGAGGAGGAACUGAGCCCAGUUGUGCAGUCGCUGUGUGGAUCCCGACCGGCUCCUGGCACAGGGGCAGUUCUGGAGAGAUUCUCUGCUAUCUGGCUCAGGCAAUCAGGCUGCCAAUGAUUUGCCUCUUGGUUGCUGCUUUGCAUUCAGCCCAGGGACCAGACAUGGUCCCCCCGACUGGAUGCCCCUGUGUGAAGUGAGUCAGGGAGUCCUGGUGGAAAACCCACCACUGCAGUUGGGCUUCACCAGUCUAUUUGUUGGCACUAGAGAGCUCUUGGAGACGGAGCAUCUCCAAGGUUGGCUGGUGGGGUGGCAUUGGGCAAGCUCCCCAGUCUGUGGGUUCAGCCAGCCUUGCACUUCCAUGCACAUUACCUUCUUGGUCAAAAAGUGGAUCACUAUUCAGGAAAACAGGAAGCUUCAUCCUGCUGCCCUGAGGAGAGCCUGGGGUUUGUUACUGGUGUGCGGCAGGAUGGACGCAUAUGGGUCGAGUUUAUCUCUAAAGGAGGAAAACUUGGCCAGAAACCCUGGCCGCGGAGAAUUUUGCUGAUGAAGCACAUUUGCUUCCCACUCUGCCCUCACUGUUUGGAUUAUUACUAAGAACAUUUGCACAAAAACAGGAUCCUUGUUUCUCAAGAGUUCAUUGGCUCCUGCUGCUUGGGACUGCCCCCCACCCCCGCCCGUGCCAUCGGGAGGAUGCAAACAGAAUCCGUGGGUUGCCAUCUCUGAGCUGUCAUGGGGCAGUGUCCCCGGCGCCGAGCUGACGGACCACGGGGGAGUUGGAUGAUGUUCCACUGCAGAUGUCAGACCAAGACCCUGAUGCCUCAUGGUCAUUAAAACCCCUGGAGCACAACACUUCCCACGCUGGGUCGGCAGAGACCUGGCUCCUCAGCCUGCUGCCAGCUACAGAACUGUGUGAAGCUAAAAAUCCCUCAGCUCUUUCGCCCCAUUCCUUUGCCAUGGACACAUCAGUGUAGUGGGCACAGGGCGAGGCCAGGCCUGCGACUGGGGAGGGAGCUGUUGGUGAGACGCUGCCUGUGUGAGUUGGGCCCACUGGAAGGAAAAGGCCGGAGAGUCCCCGCCCCUAGCACUUAUCUUAAGAGUCUGGCAUGCUGGCCAAAUUCCAGCGGGGCCUCUCUAAGCUCCUCUCGGGUCAGCUGGAGCCAAUGCCUCCUUGCUUUCCUCUCCUGAUACCGUGUGCAGGUACUGGGGCAGAAAGGCUGCCAGGUAGACCCGCCUUUUCCCCGGGGCUGGGGCCUCCCUGGCUCUAGGUAUACACCCUACAAAGCACUUAGGGGUGGGUCAGGAUGAAAGAGGCUCUGGGAAUAGAUCUCUUUGAUCCUGCUAUCUGCCACUGCUAGAGAGAUCAGUUCUGCUCCAGCUGAGCUACUGACUCCAGGGGAGCAGGAUGGGCCCACAACACUUAGCACUUGUCUCCUGCUUUUUGCCCGUGGAUCUCAAAGCGCUUUACAAAGGGGAUGGCCCCUGCUCGACAGAGGGAGAACUGAGGUGCAGAGAGAGGAUGUCACCGUCCCAGUGUCGCACAAAGAGCCAAUGGCAGAGCCAGGCGCAGACCGCAGAUCUCCUGGCUCCCAGUCCAGGCCUUAGCCCCUGGGCUGCUGCCUCGCUCCUUAGCACUUAUAGACUGUAGCGCUUUACGUUUUCAAAGCACUGUUCAUAGAUUAACUAAUUUACUCAGCCCAUGAGCUGGUUCUAGCCAGACUGUUAACCUAGGCUAAGGAUGGGCAAUGAAAGGGAUCAGGCUGAGCUCCUGCUAGAGAAAGGAAGGAAACACCGACCCUUUGCCACUUUGAGGUGCCUCCUGUAUUCCAUCCGCCUGACUCUCAUCCUCCUGGCUCAUUAGCCCCCCACUGCCGGAGCAGGCUGGGCUUUUCUGCUGCACACCAGCCAACGGAGGUCUGCAGUUUGUGCUCUUGGCAGGACAAGAAAGCGUUUUCCGUUCACUGCCAAGGCAGGCCUGGGCAGGGCAGGGUCGGAAAGGAGAUCGGAAUAUUGUCUGGUUUCAAGGAGGGGUCAUUAAAGCAACAGGAAGCCAUGAACUCUGAGGACCCACAGAUCCUCUUUUCAUGCUGAAGUCCUGAGUGACAGAGAGCGAGAUCUUAGUCUCGUUACAAGAACCUGUCCCUCCAAUGUGGCUGUGAUCCAAAGUGGCACCAUCUGACUUGGCAUCCCUGUCCCCUUUCUCUCCUGUGACCACCACACAGCCCCAGCCCAGCUGUGAAGGAGUGAGAAGGAUUCACAGCCUGCCUCACGCAUCACCGCAGCCACAACCGCCAGCUUCUGACCAUGGAGCAGAGAGAGAGGAAGGACCCAGUGGGGCGACAGGGUUAUAGGGUCAGCGAGCGGCCAGGGAGCCCUGCAACGGUACCUGAGUGGCUGCAUUGCUGGUUCUCAUGAAGAGGCAGCGCUGGAAUCUACACCUGCAAAGAACCUUCUGAGCUCCGGAGGAAGCAGCCAACCGAACCAGGAGCUGACUGGCCAAUUCUCAUGCUCCCUGCAGCCCACUGCUGCUUUAUUCUGCCUGGGAAUCAUUUUCCCAUCUGGCAUCUGAAGCAGGGACAAGGAAACAGCCCCUGCUCCUCUGUGAAAUCUGCUGCUGGGGACCUUCUGUUCUCUUCAUACCUUAGCAUGAUGCUUCCCAGUCCAGGCAUGGAGGGCAGCCCCCGUUUGGGGGUCUAAGAACACACCUCUUCCUCUUCCUAACAGAGAUACCCUCUGCCCCUCUGGAACAGCAUGACUUGAGCAAAAAGGAACCAGAGCAGCUUUGUAUCUAACCCCUCACAGUAUGCCUCAGUUGGAAGGACCCAAGAGAUAGUCCUACCCCAGUGAGCAUGUACUAAGGUAUUCAGAGUACGAAGGUCUGGGCUGCAUGGGUCUAGCAGUUAGACCAGGUGAUUGGGAGUCAAGGCACCUGGAUUUCUUUCUUGCUGUUGUCCUUUUGGGGAGCUGCUUCCCCAGCUGUGCCUGUUUCCCCCUGUGAAAUGGGGCUCACCCCUGCCUUGCACCCUGUGGGGAAAUGAAGGUGUAAAAAGCAAAAGUGGCUGGCAGGAAUCACUGGCUCUGUGCUUCUCCCACAAGACCCUGCUCUAGGAACAACCAAGUGCCAUGAAGGCAGUGUUUCAGGAGUGGUCAUGCUCAAGGAAACAGCUCUAACAGUCUCUGGUUUUAUCCCGCUUCCUGUUUGCUCGUCUCAUACGGGGAAGGUUCAUUUUCUAACCGCCACUGCCCAGGCUCUGGCUGCUUCCAGCAUUGUCACUAGGAACGACGCUUCAGCGAUCUGGAGGCGGUGGGUUAUCCCACUGCUGCUGCUCCCCUCACUCUCCUGGAGCUGGGCUGGCUUGCCAAGAGACAGCAUUCAGCGUCUAGGAGGCAAACCACUCCUUGCCAACAUGCCUGGGGAACAUUGUUUCCCAAGCCCAGCUAAUCUGUUCAAUACCUUUGCCCAGAACCCCUCUCUAAAGCUGCGCAGGUCAACCUGGGAUUGGACGAUUGUUACAUACUUGAAUCCAUUCCAGUUUUAAGACGGAGACAUUCUUAGGGGACCUGAGCUAUGGAACUGGGCCACAUACUUGCCAUCAUGUGCCCCGUCGCCACGAGGGAGCAGAGGGAGGAGGGAGUUAGCGUGAAUGACGAGACUAUUUCUGACUAAGUACAGUUUCCUGUUGGUGGCCUCACUCAGACAUGGAGGGGGAAAAUGUUAACCCAGAGAUCAGAGAUGGAAAAGACCAGUUAGAUUUAUGGGGGAAGGAUUGUUCCCCACAGGACAUUUCUAAUGCUUCCCCAAGGCUGUUUUGAAAGGCUCUGAGCAAUGGGCUAUCCCAGGACAGCUCAGGUGUGUCCUGCUCACAGCAGCCAAGGGAGCUCUCGAGCAACCUUCUAACUACAGCUUUGAUCAGUCCUUCAUGCUAACUACAGGCUUGGGAGGUCGGCUAGGAGACAGAGAACAGGACCAGGACCUUAUUUGUGGCUAGAGUAGCUGACAAGCCGCCUAGAUCGUCCCCAUGAGAGAUGAAGCCUAAAGAAUCCUACACAUCAGAGAUGAAAAACAAUCCUUAGGUCCCAUCUGUUCUGCCUCCUUCAUUCCUUACAGCAUAUUUCCUAGUGCUUUCACCAGGCUGGUUUAAGUUCUCCCAGUCAAUGGGAGACCCACCAGUGAGAUGGUGGUGUUUGAAUCAGGGAAGUUAGAAAUGAGAACGGUGUGGUGGACCCUGCAGUCCAUCUCCCUGUAAAUACACAACCCCUUCUUAGAUACACACAUCUGCCAGGCAGGCCCCUGCUCUCCCUCUUAAACAUGGAAGCUCUCACUGGCUGUUGGCUGGGGCAUGGAGAAAUUUGGGGAAAUUUUUACAGCCAGGUGACACCGGAGAUGAAAAGUCCUAACUCUGGCAAUGGGGAACGUCACCCAUGGCUGUUCUAUGUAUUGUCCGGGGGAAUCUGACUGGCUGAGGGCAGGCAGGUGUUGUUUCAUGUGUGUUUGUACAGAUCAGCCCUACGAGUAUUUUAUUAUUUACUUUGUGUAUGUUACUGUGCGUAAUGUCUUAGCUUGUGUUUGUAUUGUCAAUGGGUAUCUGAAGAUGGAGAGAAGAGUUUAUAAGGAUGGCGGCUCAGGAAAGAAGCCAUUGGUUGGGGUGGGUUUUUUUUUUUAAUCACAUGACCAAAAGGCCAUUCAUUGGUUGGGUUGUUUUUUCGUUGUUGUUGUUGUUUUAAUCACAUGACCAAACACAGCACUUGAACAUCAAAAAUAAAUAAAUAAAUAAAAAUAUUUUAAAAAGUAAUAAUAAAAAAAAAAAUCAAAGAGUUCAGCGCUUUCUGCUCCAGUCCUGCACCUGUGACUCACUCGCCCUGGGCCUGAGCCAGCGAUUCAGAUGGGGCUCCACCAGUGCAGCUAGAGGCACAUGUGUUCCCAUCAAGAGGGAUUCUUCUGGCAAGGAUCAGCACUGGGUUUUCAGGCACUGGCCACUGCACCAAGCAGUAGCUUUUAUUCCCAGUAAAUGGUUAGACUUGUUUCGUCAGCUGAUUUCCAAGUCCAGGGGCCACCACAGUAGGUGCCCAUCAACAGGCUUCCUACAAGAAUCCAUGGAACAUUUAUUGACUUGGCUGAUGUAUCCAUCCAACCCCUCUGCACUGCUCCCUCUCACUGAAGCAAAAUCUCAAUCCAUCUAGGAGGCAACGGGCAGCGCGAGCUGUGGGGAUGCUCUGGAAGCUCAGAGGUAGUGGCAACAGGAGACUUGAUCCUUCCCAAAUUGCAGGAGUGAGGCAAAGCGUCUGACUCGGGAACACUGAACGUUCACUGUAAAAAUUCCUGUAUUGAGAGACUUGGGCUAAGGUACCAUUUGCACUAUGGAAGGUUAAAGAACAUUUAAGAGACUAGUAUGGGGUUUCCCUUUGUGACACACCAAGGGCUUGACAGGAGAUGCUUUUAUGUCUGUGCUUUCUCUUCUUGUAAUUGCUGUGCAUAAGGAUUAGUGCGUAUGCGUCUUGAUGUUUUUUGCUUGCUGCCAGAGGAGCUGGUUCCCUCUGCCCUGCACUGUGUCCGUGGAAUCCCAGCGGUCAGAGGCUAGGCACCCGUGCCAGGAUACUCGACUGAAUCCAGAUGGCGGCUUGUAACUGCUGCACUCCUAGCAUCACUGAGCUCCACUUGCAAUGUGUGAAAUUCCCCCUCUCCUGCAUCGUCUACAGAUCUUCUCUGACAAAUGGGGACAGUUCUGCGUUCCCCAGCACACAGCCCAGCCCUGCAAUCCCCAGGUAUCACUUGGGAGCAAGCAGAAGGCUCUGCCCAUGUGAUAAGUGGCUCAGGAGCACGGGAAGAAACUGGGCUGUGCAUUGGUGUCUUGCUGGAGAAUAACCUGUCUUCCAGCCCAUAAGAGAGGGUCCCAGCUGCCCACUGCUUAUGAAGAACUCCACAGCCCUUCCAGAAAGGGCAGGGAAAUAGUUGUUGUGUGUCAAGGAGCAACCUUGAUUUUUGAAAUACUUUUAUGAAGCCAGCAUGGGAAGGGAAUUGGGUCCAGUGGUUAGAGCUGGGAAUCAGGAUUUCUGACCUUGAGCAAAGGUUUGUGUUCCUCCUCAGUAGAACAAAGAUAAUACCUACCUCAUAAGGGUCUUGUGAGGCUUCAUGACUGCGCAAGGCAUUUUGAAAUCCACAGGCAGCAGGCAUGGUACAGCCACAUACAAUGCUGAGAACACACGUAUUGGGUGACGGGUUUUUUUGUAUAACAUAUUUAAAAGGAAAUGCCACCACUCCCUCACCUUCCAGAUCCAACAGAAAUUAGUCUUAAACCAGAGAUCCCACUGCUCCAAGCAGCCACCUCCUCAGCUGCUGUUCAGUUGACUUUGAAAUUUAAAAAGCUUUAGUGUGUUUCACUUCUCCGCCAAACAGACAGAAAAACUAUCCUGCUGAGUGUCCCUGAGCUGAAGGCAACACUGGAACUACUCUCCAAGCUGAAUCCACUGCUGGAGGUGGAAUUAACAGCCUCUGGGGGAAAAAAAUGGUUUCAUAUAUAUCGUGUGGUCCAUGUUAAAAUGUCCCUCUAGGAAACAAAUUCCUUCCCCCCAGCAAACAUUCCUGUUUAAAAUUCUCACCAAGGGGGCAAAUUUCACACGGAUGCAAUCAACUAAAGAACAACAAAAAACUCUGGUACAUGAAAAUGGAAGAUAAAAAACUGAAGGAAGCUCACAUUUAUGAUGAGAGGAGGCAGAACCGGAGGGAUUUACAGCUUCUCUUUCAUAAACUAGUCUAGGAAAAGCUAAAGGAAAGGGAAAAAAAAAACGCAAUGACUGUCUGUUAUUUCUCUUCCAGGUUGUAUAAUCUAAGCUUUAGGCAUUUGUAUAUAUUAUAACCACUGCU